AUGUAUACAUACCAUACAUACGUGUGUCACGUCACACACUAUCAAAAACGCGCACGCGUGUGCGCGGUAUGGAGUACAGGAAGGGGUGACGGAAUACGGAAUCAGGUGUGCAUCAUUCUGCGGAGUCGUGGCGGUAGAGUUAUUUCGAGUUGAGUUUACGGUCAUUCGGCGCAUCAUCGUCAAUCAUUGAAAUCGGAAUAUCCGCUUCCGUCACGGAGUCGCGACGCAUGUAGACUAUUGUAGACGAGAGCUGAACGGUCGAGGGGCGGAGAAGAAAGGGGACUAAGGGGAGCGCGAGAGCGUUACUCGAACCCGGCUUCGUAACCGAAACCGACCGACCGUCGUCCCGAUCGAUUCGCUCGUCGACGCGACGCGCGGAGGCUUCAUCGUCGUUCCAUCCGCACCACCAUGGAGGCCCUGAUACCUGUGAUAAACAAGCUGCAGGACGUGUUCAACACCGUCGGCGCUACCGCGCUGCAACUGCCGCAGAUCGUCGUUCUGGGCACGCAGAGUUCAGGGAAGUCAUCUGUAAUAGAGAGCUUGGUGGGCCGUUCUUUUCUACCACGAGGGACUGGUAUCGUCACGCGACGUCCGUUAAUACUGCAACUUGUAUAUACACCGAGAGACGAUCGAGAACACAGAAGCGCCGAGAAUGGCACCCUGGACUUGGAGGAAUGGGGAAUGUUUCUGCACACAAAGAACAGGAUUUACAAGGAUUUCGAUGACAUUCGCAUGGAGAUCGAGGCCGAAACUGACAGAAUGGCUGGGGCUAACAAAGGAAUCUGUCCAGAACCAAUUAAUCUUAAAAUAUAUUCGACGUCUGUUGUUAAUCUGACGCUUAUAGACCUACCUGGUAUUACGAAAGUGCCAGUAGGUGACCAGCCGGAAGACAUCGAGUCUCAGAUACAUGAGCUCGUAUCAAAGUACAUAUGUAGUCCGAACUCUAUAAUUUUAGCAGUUGUCACUGCCAAUACUGACAUGGCUACAAGCGAGAGUUUAAAGUUCAGCAAAGACGUUGAUCCAGAUGGCAGACGAACGCUGGCAGUCGUUACAAAAUUAGAUCUCAUGGAUGCUGGAACUGACGCUAUAGAUAUUCUAUGUGGCAGAGUCAUCCCGGUAAAAUUGGGUAUUAUAGGUGUAGUCAAUCGUUCUCAACAAGAUAUAAUGAAUAACAAGAGUAUUAAGGAAGCGUUGAAGGAUGAAGCCACAUUCUUGCAACGUAAAUAUCCAACUUUGGCUAACAGAAACGGCACUCCUUACUUAGCAAAAACUCUUAAUCGUUUACUUAUGCAACAUAUUAGGGAUUGCUUGCCAGAGUUGAAGAACAGAGUAAAUACAAUGGUCGGGCAGUAUCAAACCUUGCUUAAUUCCUAUGGUGGAGAUGUCGAAGACAAAAGCCAAACCUUGCUACAGAUCAUUACAAAGUUUGCAAACAGCUAUUGCGCUACGAUAGAGGGAACGGCGAGAAACAUAGACACCACCGCGCUGUGCGGCGGCGCUCGCAUUUGCUAUAUAUUUCACGAGGCGUUUGGUAAAACGCUCGAUUCGAUUAAUCCACUGGCAGAUCUCAGUAAAGGUGACAUAUUGACCGCUAUUCGCAAUGCAACCGGUCCAAGACCGGCUCUCUUUGUGCCAGAAGUUUCUUUUGAAUUAUUAGUUAAACGGCAAAUACGGAAGUUGGAGGAUCCUUCGUUACGGUGCGUAGAGCUUGUGCAUGAAGAACUGCAGAGUAUAAUACAGCAUUGUGGUACUGAAGUGCAACAGGAGAUACUACGUUUCCCUAAACUGCACGAGCGUAUCGUCGAUGUUGUUACGCAUUUGCUACGUAGACGACUCCCACCUACCAAUUCAAUGGUAGAGAACUUGGUUGCCAUAGAAUUGGCAUACAUUAACACUAAGCAUCCCGACUUUCACAAAGAUGCAGCAUUUGUGUCAUCUUUACUGAAAGAUACUGAUGUAGAUCACUUGAGGCACAACAAACGAUUAACUUCAGCAUCCAAUACUAUAAUUACUAAUGAUAUUGUAAAAUCAGUCAAUAAUCAAGAUGAGAUGAACUCUGUUUCCAAUCAGAUUAGAGAACAGCAAGGACAGCAAAAUAACUGGCUGUUAAGUAGCUUACUACAGGGAAGAACGGAGUCAACUAGUUCCGCGGAUGGUUCUCCAGUCAGAAUGCGUGAAAAUAGUAACUCUCCGAAUCCAGCGAUCGAACUGCAAAAAGCAUCCCCGCAACAAAAACCAGUAAAUCUGCUCCCGGCGGUACCGAUACAGACAUCUCGAAAACUUAGCGAUCGUGAGCAACGGGAUUGUGAUAUUAUCGAAAGGCUCAUAAGAUCAUACUUUUAUAUUGUACGGAAAUCCAUCCAGGAUAGUGUACCAAAGGCUGUUAUGCAUUUCCUAGUCAACUAUGUGAAAGAUAAUUUACAAAGCGAACUUGUCACACAUUUGUACAAAUCAGAUCAGGCUGAGGCCUUGUUGAUUGAGAGCGAACACAUCGCUGUUAGGCGUAAAGAAACAGCAGACAUGCUUAAGGCAUUGACUCAAGCAGGUCACAUCAUUAGCGAAAUUAGAGAAACGCACAUGUGGUAAUCAAAUGCCUAAACCGUCAUCACCGGAUUCUAGUUGAAUUUAUUAUUACAUCUCUGUGUUUUAAUGAACUGAGUUAAAGGAUGUACUUUACCAAUGUAUAUGAUGAAAUUAAUGUACAUAACUCUUGUCUUUCUCACGCAAGUAAGGUAUAUGUAUCGCUAUUGAGAAUCAAUGGUCCUGAUAUGUUACGUCACCCGUUUUUAUAGUAUGAGCAUGAAGGAGGUAUAUCGUACAUAAAAUACGCGUUUGUGCAACCGGGUUAUUCGAUUCAAAAGAUGUAAUUCGGGCUCGAUUUUUUAUUAUCUUCAGCAUUCGAUAUAGAUGCUGAUGACCUAUGAUUAUAAAUCGUUGAAUUGAUUAACUCUUGAAUAACUCGUUUUGUAUCACGCAUUUUACCACGGAAUUAUGUUUCUUAAUUACUUAGUCUAAUGUUGCAUUGCCUCGCGUUACAGUGAUCGUAAAUGAGAGUGUAAUUGAGGAUCAUUGUUCUGUGUAUUUUUUAGUUAUGCUGUUUGCAUAAUUUUUCUUUCCAGGAAUAGAAAACUGGAA